AUGCGCGAGCAAGGCAGCCGAGAGCGCGUCCGCACGUCUCUGUGCGGACGCCGAAGCAGAACCACAGCAACUGGUGUCUCAUCGGUUGCUGAAGCGACUCAGCCUGUGUCACUUGGUGAUGCAGGCGCUGGUCAUGAAGACACUCAUGUCUUCACAGAGUAUGAGCUCGGUGUCUCAUACUCUCCUGAUACGGAAGACGGAUCCGUAUCGACGGCGAUCGAAUCCAAGCCGCCUGCCAAGCGUUGCAUGGAUGAUGCUAUGCGUCGCAGCAUCUUUGGUUCAUCUGAUUCAUCAGAUGAACCAUCGCCGAAGCGAAGGCGCUCGAGGUCGCGAGACUCGGGCGCUAACAGUGGUGUCGGUUCUCCUAUGGAAACCACUUCGCAACGAGGUGCCAGUCCUUCUGUCGGCACAUCGCAGGAAGAGCUGGAAUGCAAUGUCUUGCGUCUCGCUCCUGAGAAGAAGGCAUGGAUGCCUCCGAAAUCCGUCAUGGAUCACUUGUCGGCGACGACGAGUGAUCGUUAUCGAACACGGUUGUUCGAUUCGUCAAGGAUCCAUCACCUUGACCCCAGCGCGAAAGACUAUCGCGCUGAGAAUGAAUUCUUCAUCGAUGCUUUUUUUAAGCACCGAUGGUACAGUAGGAAUCACAAGCGUGAUGGUCCCUCACUACUUCAAGCGUGGAACGCUUGCAUCCAUAAUCUUGAGGAUGUAGGUCGUGACGCUUGGAACGACAAACUUAUCAAAGCUCGUGAUAAGUUUGAAAAGCGAACCCCGACAGGUGUACGCUACAAGCUGCAUCGUCUGUCAAGGGAGAAGGGAUUACCCUGCCUCUUUUGGGGAGACUCGUGCACACGUUGUGUGAACAACUCUGCACGAGCACCUAAGGAGGCUUACCUCCUUACUAGCCCUUGGUGGCGCGUACGUAUCUUUACUGAGAUGUACGAAGGGAUUGACAACCUGAAAUCCCUUUACGACCGUGCCGGGAAGACUUUCUCCGGCGGUCCUUCUGCGGCACAGGAUGUGCCGCGUCGUACUGCUCAACCAGACCCAGUACGUCGAUCAUCAGUUGGGAGCGGGGCUCCCAAGAAUCCCAGGACGGGGGAUAGCCGCGCCACCGGACGAGAUAACUCGUCCGACGUCCGUUCACGUCGCGGUGGUUCAACAGCUGCUCAACUAGAUAGUGCUGGCCACCGCGAGAGUCCUCUAUUGGAGGUGGAGGAGGAGGAAAGACGCUCUCCACACGAUCGUGGGGAUCCGUGUGUUCCCGAGAGCUUCUUUGAUCGCGUAACGCAAGGGUUACGCGGCGAUCUCGAACAUGAGCGGGACAGGCGUCUCCAAAUGGCGGACAAUGUCUCGAAGCAUCGAGCUGAGUUUGCCAUUGCUCAGCUUGAGAACGAGAGAGCUCUGACAUCUCUUCGUGACGAGCUAAGGGUAGCUCGUGGGAUUGUUGAUCGGUCUCGGGAUGAGAUAACUGCUCUUCAGACCCUUGUCGAUGCCCACCAUCGGGAGCACAAGGCUCUCUGCGAGAUGCUUCGCAUCUUACGUGGCAACUCGAUCGUUAACUACAUGCUUUGGUAG